GUGAGUCGGUGAAGAGGGCGAAGCGCGGCGCUCAGUCCCGCCUCGGGGAGGUUCUGGCGAGGGCGGGCCGGGGGGCCGGCACGGUGGCGCCCAGGACCGGCUGAGGCCCAGGCGCCGAGCCGCUGCGCCCGGGCUGGACGGUGCUCCUCGGCCGGGACUUGGCGCCUCGGGGCCCCGCUCCCGCCGACGCCGGCCCCCGGCGCGGGCCUCCCGGGCGGGCGCUGCAGCCUCCGGCGCCGCGGCGCCCCGGGGGCCUGGCGAUGGCGUCGGGCCCGGCCUCCCAGGACCGGGAGGGGCUCCUGAUAGUGAAACUGGAGGAGGACUGCGCCUGGAGCCAGGAGCUGCCCCCGCCUGAGCCCGGGCCCAGCCCCGAGGCCUCCCACCUGCGCUUCAGACGGUUCCGCUUCCAAGAGGCCGCCGGGCCCCGGGAAGCCCUCAGCCGGCUCCAGGAGCUGUGUCAUGGGUGGCUGCGGCCUGAGAUGCGCACCAAGGAGCAGAUCCUGGAGCUGCUGGUGCUGGAGCAGUUCCUGACCAUCCUGCCCCAGGAGAUCCAGAGCAGGGUGCAGGAGCUGCGUCCGGAGAGCGGCGAGGAAGCGGUGUCCCUGGUGGAGGACAUGCAGAGAGAGCUGGGGAGACUGAGGCAGCAGGUCACAAACCAUGGGCGGGGAACAGAAGUGCUUUUGGAGGAGCCUUUGCCUCUGGAAACAGCACGAGAGUCACCGAGCUUCAAGCUGGAGCCAAUGGAGACUGAGCGAAGCCCUGGCCCCAGGCUGCAGGAGCUGCUAGGCCCCAGCCCCCAAAGGGACCCCCAGGCUGUAAAGGAGAGGGCAUUAUCUGCUCCCUGGCUUUCUCUUUUUCCUCCUGAAGGGAACAUGGAAGACAAGGAGAUGACUGGGCCCCAGUUGCCCGAGAGCUUAGAGGACGUGGCCAUGCACAUCUCCCAGGAGGAGUGGGGCCUUCGGGAGCCUAGUAGGAGGGCCCUCUCCCGGGACCCAGUGCGGGAGAGUUUUGAGAGUGUGGACACAAUGGAGUCUCAGGUUCCCGAUCAGGAGGCCCCAAGUAUCCAGGUAGAACAAAGAGGAAAAACAUGGGAUCCCAGUGUUCAGACUUGCAAGGAGGGCCUGAGCCCCAGAAGCCCUGCUCCAGGGGAACAGAAAUUUGAAAACCAGGAAGAAAGUGCUCAGUCCAUUCCCCUUGAGAGUGUCCAUCCUCAGGCGCUGCUCCCUGGCCAAGCCAGAGGGGAGGUGCCCUGGAGUCCUGAGCAGGGAAGGCCUCGGGAUAGGGCAGAUGGACAUUGGGAGCCUCCUCCAGAGGAUCGGAUGGAGCAGACUUUAGCGGGGACCACAAGUUGUAAAGAACUGGGGCGAUCAAAGGAACUGCAGCCGAAGAAACUCCAUUUAUGUCCCUUGUGUGGCAAAAAUUUCUCAAAUAACUCAAACCUUAUCAGGCACCAGAGAAUACAUGCAGCAGAAAGACUGUGUGUGGGUGUGGAGUGCAAUGACAUCUUCGGCGGGAACCCGCACUUUCUAUCACUGCACAGAGCACACUUGGCAGAGGAGGCCCAUAAGUGCCUUGAAUGUGGAAAAAGUUUCAGUCAGAACACACACCUGACUCGCCAUCAGCGCACCCACACGGGUGAGAAGCCCUAUCAGUGUAAUGUAUGUGGAAAAAGCUUUUCUUGCAACUCCAACCUCCACAGGCACCAGAGGACACACACAGGUGAAAAACCGUACAAGUGCCCAGAGUGUGGGGAGAUAUUUGCUCAUAGUUCCAACCUCCUUCGGCACCAGAGAAUUCACACAGGAGAGAGGCCCUAUAAAUGUGCUGAGUGUGGAAAGAGUUUCUCUCGUAGCUCACACCUCGUCAUACAUGAAAGAACUCAUGAGAAAGAGCGACUUCACCCCUUCCCUGAGUGUCGGGAAGCAGUGAAUGACAGCUCCCCUUUCCUUUCGCAUCAUGGCGCUCACAAGGCAGAGAAGAAACUCUUUGAAUGUUUGACUUGUGGGAAAAGCUUCCGGCAGGGAAUGCACCUCACCAGACAUCAGAGAACGCACACUGGAGAGAAACCAUACAAAUGCACCCUUUGCGGGGAAAACUUCUCGCAUAGGUCCAACUUAAUCAGGCACCAGAGAAUUCACACGGGAGAGAAGCCCUAUACCUGUCAUGAGUGUGGAGAUAGUUUCUCGCACAGCUCCAAUCGGAUUCGUCACCUAAGAACCCACACAGGAGAGCGGCCCUAUAAAUGUGCCCAGUGUGGAGAAAGCUUUUCUCGGAGUUCACGCCUUAUGAGUCAUCAGAGAACUCACACCGGGUAAACCACGGGGUCUGUCUUUGCUGCGGAGAAGGUGGCAUAGCCAGAGCGCCCUAGUGUUACGAGCAAGUAUUCCGUGACCAAGUGACCUCUGUGUCUUUAGGGUCACGGCUGUAAAGAGGAAAGGGGGUCAUUGUGAGGGAGGUGUGGAGGCAGCAGAGGAUUCCAUCACGCUAAAGAGGAAUCUGGCUGAACUAAAGCGGAUGGCAAGCCUCUGGGGUGACCUGCUUGGGGCACGGUUCUUGGGUGUCUCUCCUGAAUCAGGGCACGCGCACCCCUCGGUGCAUUUAGCCAGUUGUGAUUUGGCGCCUCACUGUGUCCGGUCUGUCCAGCAACUCUGGGACUCGUGUGACCUCUCCGCUGCUGCUUCCUCACUUGGGACGGUCAGCAGGAGCAAAUGGGCUCCUGAGCCCCUUGACGCCAAAGACGAGGGCAGAGUCUCGGGGAGCCAGCUGGAGAGCAGCAGAAGGCUGGUGGUGAGUUGCAGCACUUCCCAAACACUGCUGGGAAGCCUCCAGCACCCCUUAGUGGCCUGACAAGGGCUGAUUGGCAGGCCUUGCGUGUAGGUGUCACCUCAGACAAAAGGGGCCCAGAGACCUGGGAAUAGCAAGGUGAAGAUUUCCAGGACUCGGCAGAGGGAAGAGUGACUCAUUCUGUCCUUCUGUCCUUUGCGGAGACCGAGCCUCCCAAACACCCCCCCCCCCCCCCGGCAGAGAAAGAUAAGGAGGAUGUUAGAGUCUUCCAUGAAGGGGUUCCAUGAAAGGUGUAUUCCCUGGGAGACUUUGAAAAUGUGGAACUAGGGGAAUUAGGGGUCACACCUUUCCCUGUGGAGGUACGUCUGGACGGUAAUAAAUAUCUUCAGGAAAAAGUGUGCGCGUCCUCAUUGAUGGUCUUGGUCUCCCCUGCCGAUCUGUCUCUUGUCUGUUUUGUUCCGAAGACCUGCUUAUUCCAUGGCCUACCUGGGUUGGUUAGGAAGAUUCUGAUGAAGGUGGCAGCUGGCAGGCAGACUGGUGGCCCUGGCCAGUGUCAGGCUGGGGCUGCUGCUUUGUAAGAGUCAAGCCCGUGGCUGCGGAUCGUUCACGAGACCUCUCUGACGGCGGGAUUCGGCAGUAAACGCGUCUUUGGUUCUUCGUUCAGAUUCUUUUUUUUUUUUUUUUAAUUUAUUUUAAUUUA